CUAGUGGCUCCAUCUACAGCUGACGAAGCUGAACAAUGCGAUCCGUAGUUGUAAAAACUGGAAUUUUUAAGAUGUGACAUGGCACAUGCUUCCUGAUAGAAAAUACUAAAACAUCUCAAAUUAUCGAUGAACAGAUAACGGAGUCAAGCUUAAUGGAAAGAUUUACGACAUGUGACUUGACCUUCAGUUGAAGACGUACAGUUUCGUCACAGGAUCACAUCUCUAACUAAAGAAGAUGACACCGGAGUAUGUGAGAUUCGAGAAGCGCAUCGAGAACAGGAAAACUACGAGAAUAGAGUAGGAGUAAACGAAGGGACCCACCGGCCAGAACACAUCUCCGGGCUCUGCAUUGACGACGACGCCCAAGGUCGUUUCAGCGUGCUUUGUCCUUGGCUGACUUUCCCCUCGUCUCCUUGUGCAUCAUGAGGUCCAAGGUCUGAAGAUUGCACAAACCAUCGACCGGUCAAAAUGCCCUCUGUUCGCGUGUGGAAGGUUUCAAAGUCAGUGCUGGGGUCUAACUCUUCAGUUCUCAUCAUUCUGCGAUUUUUCUUCGACAGAGCUGUGAACCAUGAGCAACUACGUGACGGCAUCAUUCUUCGUGGUCGCCGCUGCUUUACUUCAGGUUUCGGCAGUCGGCUACACUUAUGCAUCUUCCGUGGUUUUGAUUGCUGCGCUGAUUACUGCAGCGGUAGCUGGAUUCACGAGUUUGGAGAACCCUAAUUCUACAUACAGGCCUCAACAGAUGAUAUGACAUCCAUCAUCGACCUGCCGUCUGAAUCCACUUAUCAGACCCGGUGAUUGUCAUAUCCAAGGAGUCGAGCAGCAUGGAUCAUGGGUACGCUGUCGACACUUUUGAGUCGCCAACAAUUUUGAUGAUGAGGUGGCCGAAGGUAUCCGAAGCAACUGUGCGAAAAACGACAUGAUUUCCGAUGGAGAAGGCUGUGACUUGAUUUUGAAUUGCGCGCAUCUACCUCCAUUGUUUGAAAAAUUUCCUUCCAUCGACGAGUGAUCUGCCUUCAGCUGUCAACACAUACUUCACAAAACUGUUCCUCUGAGACGUUUCGCCUACAUACUGAUGAGAAGCCAAUAUUGUCAUCCGACGAGAAAGCUUCUUUGGGUCCUUCGGGAGUCAUGAUCAGAUUCAAAGAUGUGGGAUUGCUAGAAUUUACAGCAGAUACCAGAGAAGCAAAGGAUGUUACAGCUCCUAGUUUCAAACCUUGUGCGGUCCCUUGAUGAGUUCUAGGUGCCAGCAAAUGUUUUCCACAAGUACAUAUUUUGUAGUUAGACUCUCGUCCAGCCCUUCAGAUCCUUGUGUCUACAUUAUGAUAUGUAAAUGAGCCACAUAGAAAAAUCUUCAACUGAUCUAGUCGUUUUCAUGAGGUUUUCUGUCCACAACCACAACUGAAGAUUUCAAAAGUGUACUCCUAUCUCCUCGAGUCUUAUUUGCUGCUUCGAGCUGAAUCAGUUAUUAAUACUACAGGCCAGCUUUCUUGGAUUACCUUCUUGUGGCUGCCGAGUAGUCAAUAUCUCAAUGCUGGAAUUGCUUCAUCUAGAGCUAUAGAUCCACGUUCGAAAAUCUCAAUUGCAGAAAGAUGCAACAUAUUUUUGUUGCAUCUGUCACACAUGUCGC